CGUUUUCCCUUUUUUCCCCUUCUGCUCGCUUUUCUCGACUUUAGGACAAAUAGUAAAUCUUUUUUAUAAUAAUUUAUUACCUUAUAUACAGGAUUUUAAGGGUCUCUUUUUCUUUUCGUCCUCAAUUCCUCAUUCUCCACUCCAAAACUCCCCUUUUUGGAUACUCUCUGCAUCUUCUUCACGCACCCUUCUUUUUUGUCAUUUGCUAACCUCUGCUCCUUAUAAAAAGUAUUCGAGCGACUUUUCUAUGGACGCAACACUUUGCACUGUCAUCUUACUGUAUCAACGAGAUAGACCGUAUGUUAUUGCUGAUAAUGAUCAAGGAGAUGAGGACACUUAUCACGAGCUGCUGCAAUCCACCUUUGGCAAAGUCUAUGUUCAACAGAACCAUUUUGAAGUGAUUCAAAGAAUCAAACAAAGUGAUAAGCCUCAAUCUACUUUGUUAUUGGUUGAUCUCGAUGCUAUUUCUUCUCGAGAGCAGGAGACGCAGCAUAGUAAAAGAUCAAGAACGCUCAGUCUAUUAACACCACUUCAUCAUCACGCUGUCCAGUUUGUAAAAGAGACUGUGCGUGCCAUAACAUCCUCAUCGUUACCCAACAGCAUACCACCUAUCGUAGUUUGUUCUAGACAUGAUUCGCCAACUUUAAUGUUGGAUUGUAUCAAUGCUGGUGCGACAGAUUACAUAUUAAAGCCUUUAUAUCCAAAUGUCAUAAAAACUUUAUUCUUGAAACUACACCGACAUCUGUCCGAUAAGAACAGUAGUAAAACCUUUGAAAUGCCUACACCUUUACCUACACCACCGCCUGUUCUAUUGCCACAGCAACAAUCAUUACCGACCUCACCGACUCUUGCCUGUCGUAGCUUAUGCGAUCGUAUCAACGAGCUAAAAUCGAAAGAAACAUAUUUAUCACAGAUUCUGAUGGAUAAUUUCGUGCCAAAAACCAAACCCAAGACUUUACCAAAUUUGAACAAUAGUGAUCAUACCAUAUCAAACCAACGAUUGAAAGAACUUGAAGCAAACGUGCAUCGUUGGGAAUUCGAUCCCUUUACAUUAAGCCAGCAAGAGUUACUACAUUGCGUUUUUCUCAUCUUUGAUCAAGUUCUUACGUUACCCGCACUGGCCCAUUUGUCUUUUGACAGAGACCAGUUUCACGAAUUCAUCAGAGAGUUAGCUAGUGUUUAUCAUGCCGAAAAUCCUUAUCACAACUUUGCACACGCUGUUGAUGUUUUACAAUGUCUAUUUUACAUGCUUUGUCAAUUAAACAUACUACCCUUCCAUACCACCACUACCACCACCACGCCCAAGUUACCAGAACAACCACCAUUGUCUAUAAAACAGCCGCGAGAUUUGUUACGUCCUCAAGAUGUAUUUGCACUCUUGAUUGCAGCUAUUGGACAUGAUGCUGGACAUCCUGGUGUAAACAAUAUGUUCUUGGUAAAUUCGACAAAUCCAUUAGCUACCUUGUACAAUGAUCGCUCUGUCUUGGAAAGUCUGCAUUCCAUGACUUUGUUUCAGUUGCUCUACAAGCAUCAAAUUAUACAACAUGUAGGUGAUAUCAAAUCAAGCAGUUAUAAAGAGUUUAGAAAGAUUGUUGUUUCUAGCAUAUUAGCUACCGACAUGUCUCUUCAUUUGGAUUAUGUUUCUCAAAUCAAAGAACAAGCACAUCGUUUUCAAACCAACCAACUUUUGAAAGACGAGGAGCAAGAGCGUGUUUUGCUUUGCACCGCUCUCAUCAAAUGCGCGGAUAUCAGCAAUGUAGCGAGACCUUUUGCCCUCGGUCGCCAAUGGGCAACGCUUCUUGUGGAAGAGUUUGUAGGCCAAGGUGACCUGGAAAAGGAGCUCGACUUGCCUGUACUGCCUAUGAACGAUCGUGACAGAGUCAUUUUGGAGGAUUCUCAAAUUGGUUUCAUUCGAUUUGUUGCGUUGGGCCUCUUUGAGACCUUUCAACAGAUCUGUGGUGACGCCUUUUCGUUCACGACAGAGCAAAUGAAAGCCAAUCUACAGCGAUGGGAGGAUUACAAACGUCAGGGUCAUGAAACAAAAACAAUAGCCUCCCAUGCUGUUGUGCAGCAUGAUUCUGGCGUAUCCAACAUCUCUCAAGAGGAUGACGAUGAAAUGUCGCAAGGAGCGUCUGUAAAAGACCUUCAGGGGACAAGGAUACAACCCCAAGAAGCGCUUACACAAAGGAACGAUAGACGUCAGGAGAAUGAAGAAGACGAUAACGACGAUAACGACGACGACGAAGACGACGACGACGACGAUGAUACAUUUAUAAGUACAAGUACGACUCAAAUGAUCACAGCAGAGACAGGAUUCAAGAGACCCACUGAAGAUUUAGAAAAGGCGAAUGUGAAAAGACCCUCCAUAGAAAAGCAUCGCACUACAAAGCAUGCAGCCUCACCCUCCUUAUCACCACUACCACCGCUACCAUACGACCUACAGCCAUCCUUUUCACCGUUUCUACAAGAUGUCGAAUAUAACGAACACGAUCGAAUGCUGGAAAUGCAGCCGAAAGAGGAUUGUCUCUACUCAUCCACUUUACCAGCGUCGUCUCCAUCCUCCAUCCAAUGGAACAAGGAUGCUGCUUGUUCGUAUUUGUCUGAACCGUCGUCACAAGAACAACGCCAAGACAAACAACAACGACAACGAGCACACUCUAAAAUCGCGGCUUAUUGUCAAUGUUGUGUUCAAUGAAUCCAUCUGAUAGAAACACCCCCCCCCCUCGCUACCCUUCCUUUUGAUGUAUUUAUUUCUAUCUCAUUUCUAGACAUCCCACUUAUUUAUAAUUUUCUUUUCUUCCAAACCAACAUGUUGAUCUUUCUUUUCACUUGUACAGCCUUUCCUCCACGUUUGAUGGUUUAUCAAAUUAUUAUUGUUAUAGUUCAAACAUGCUUCAUGUAAUAUAUACAUUUUUCAUGUAUAAUCCAAUAGAGAAAAUGAAGUUUUUUUUACUUUUGAUGCAAG